CUUUUUCCUCUUCUUCCUCCUCCAACAACCGGCCACUUUAAACUCCAAGCAAGCAAGCAAUCAAUCAAUUGACACCGAAUUCGACUCAUCUCUCCAAAAAAAAAUCAGCGACAAUGCCCGUUCCUCAGCUCGACGGUCUUCAAAUCGAGGUCCUGAAAGAGGGCUCGGGUGAGCAGGAGACUGCCCGCGGCAACACCAUCGAUGUGCACUACACAGGCACACUCACGGACGGCAAGAAGUUUGACUCGAGCCGCGACCGUGGUGAACCGUUGCGCUUCACCGUUGGCCAGGGUCAGGUCAUCAAGGGCUGGGACGAGGGUCUGCUAGGAAUGAAGGUUGGUGAGCAGCGCAAGCUGACCAUUGCUCCUGAGCUUGCCUACGGCAGCCGCGGUGUCGGCGGUGUCAUUCCGCCCAACGCUACUCUCAUCUUUGAGACGGAGCUUGUGAAGAUCAACUGAGCUACUCCAAGCCAGUCGGCGGCGGAUAGAAAGCGUUGAUACCAUGAUGACGGACGGGUCCUCUGGGCUCGGGUUCUGUUUCAGGGCAUUGAAGCCUAGGCAAUAAGGCUCCUACAGGGCCCCUUGAGAUAUUCCAAUCAAGUCGAGACGGU